GCUGAAUUACACAGUCAGAUUCUGGGACAGUGACAGACUGUUUUCUUUCAAAUUCCUACUUCCUGAAACCGAGGCUGUUUAUGAGAAACAGUGUAUUUCAGGGAGAUUACACUAAAAUUAACCUUUUUCAGAGUCAGAUUUGCUGGUCUUAAAAAUGUUUAUCCUCUUCUUCGAGACAAAGUCAACCACCACCAGAAGCAGAUGAUCUUUUCUGACGCUUCGUCACAUGCCUGCAUCAUUCACCUGACUUCAUCUCCUCACACAGGCAUUUUAUCAGCUCACACCACCACAAGAGAAGAACGGUACCUCCUCCUUGAAGGGGCUCUUUUAUUGAGAAUCGAUGUCUUCUUCUGGGUAAUUGAUCACCAUAGACCCAGGGACACUUGACUCAUCGUUGAGGAAGAGUAAUCGUCAUGAAUAAUCAAAAAGCGGUAGCUACACUACUGCAAGAGUGCAAGCAAGUGCUGGACCAGCUCCUGUUGGAGGCGUCAGAUGUGUCGGAGGAGGCCAAGAGCGAGGACCAGCAGUGCAGAGCUUCACUCCCCGGCGACUUGAGGACCCUGAUCCAGGAGGCAAAGGAAAUGAAGUGGCCCUUCGUGCCUGAAAAGUGGCAGUACAAACAAGCCGUGGGCCCAGAGGACAAAACAAACCUGCAGGAUGUGAUUGGCGCCGGGUUGCAGCAGUUACUGGUAGGGAGAGCCACACCACCUGUUCCUCUGACACCCCCAAGCCAGGCGUCCCUGAAAGCCUCCAUCCUCGCCCGCGACUGUGCCACCGCCGCUGCCGUCGUGUUCUUAAGCGACCGCUUCCUGUACGGGCUCGACGUCUCGGGCGAACUCCUGCAGGUCGCCAAGGGGCUCCACAAGCUGCGGCCCGCAACGCCCAUCGCCCCGCAGGUGGUCAUCCGCCAGGCCCGACUCUCGGUCAGCUCAGGGAAACUUCUAAAAGCAGAGUAUAUCCUGAGCAGUCUAAUAAGCAACAACGGAGCGACAGGUACCUGGCUGUACAGAAAUGAAAGCGACAAGAUCCUGGUGCAGUCAGUCUGCAUACAGAUCAGAGGGCAAAUUCUGCAAAAGCUAGGGAUGUGGUAUGAAGCAGCAGAGCUAAUCUGGACCUCCAUCAUAGGAUAUUUGACACUUCCCCAGCCAGAUAGAAAGGGUAUUUCCACAUCACUAGGUAUACUGGCAGACAUCUUUGUUUCCAUGAGCAAAAACGAUUAUGAAAAGUUUAAAAACAAUCCGCAGAUUAACUUGGGUUUGCUGAAGGAGUUUGACCACCAUUUGCUCUCAGCUGCAGAAGCCUGCAAACUGGCCACUGCCUUCAGUCCCUACACACCCCUCUUUGUGCUCUCAGCAGUGAACAUCCGUGGCACAUGUUUGUUGUCCUAUAGUAGUUCUGAUGACUGUCCUCCAGAAAUGAAAAAUUCAUAUCUGUAUGAAGCCAAAGAGGCCUUCGAAAUUGGCCUCCUCACCAAGAGAUAUGAUGAACCAGCCACUGGAAAACAAGAGCUUCAUAGUCUUCUCAAAGCUGCUUUCGGCCUGACCACAGUGCAUCAAAGACUCUACGGGGAGACCGAGAUGGUCCGCGUAGCCAGUCAGCUCUGUAAUGAAGCUAUGGGAAAACUGUACAGUUUCAGUACUUCCUCUGGAAGUCAGGAGAGAGAAGCUCUCUCUGAGCAGAUCUUGUCUAUUAUCACCCAGGUGAAGGAUCAUUUACAAAUUCAAGGCUUCUCAAAUUUAGAUGACAAGUCUUAUGUUCCAGAGAGUUUCAAGCAUGGGUUGGCUAAACCCAUCUUGCAUGGGCACGUGGAUUUCCAAAAAAUCCUUGGAGCCUAUUCACAGCACCACACUUCAGUGUGUGAAGUAUUUGAAAGCUCUUGUGAAAACAACAAAAAUCAACAGAAAGAUGCAAAAACCAGAGUCUGCAUCACUACUCUAAAAACAGAGACGAAAAACGUAGAUACUGUGAGUACUGCCGAAGACAAAUCACAUUUUCAAAAAGCCAUGGUAAUAUCAUCCUCCCAAAUGGCUAAGAAUAGUCAGGAGACACUCAGGAGGAUGAGAGGGAAAAACUGGACCCAUUCUGAUGCAUUUCGAGUCUCCUUGGAUCAAGAUGUAGAGGCUGAGACUGAGUCACCAGACCACAACCACGGUGAAGGAGCUGUUUUGGACAAGUCUCUGAGUGACAGCCAUUGCUCUAGUUGUUGGAGCAAGUUAUCAGGGGCUAGUUCUUCUACAAGCUGGGAGGAAGUGAAUUAUAUAGAUGAUAGGCCAACCAGAAAAGAGCCUUGCAAAGAAGAACAUCUUGUGGAUACUCAGUGUUCCACUGCCCUCUCUGAAGAGCUAGAGAUCAAUGAGGAAAGCAGAGCUGUACAUCCACUGUCUUCAGAACUUCAUGGUCUCUCUCUCCAAGUGUCCAAGGAUGACAGUUCAGAGUCUUCUCAAAGUCAGCAACACAAACACAUGCCCUUAACAACCUUCUGUCCUCAUAACACAACAGGCAUAUUCUUGGCCUCUGGUGCAGGGCUGUUAGAAGGAGCUCCAGAUGGUGUGCAGAAAGUCAGAAACAUGGGAUCCAGAAACACUUGUGCUCAUUCCAGUCCCUCGGUUGGUUCUGCUUCUCUGUCCUCUUCUGAUUCUGAUCCACCCAAGAACAUAGCCACAUGCCCUUUGGUCCAAGAAGAAAGCUUUGAACUAACUGAGCUUCCAGAAAUCAACUGUGAUGAUGAAGACAGGCAUGGGGAAGAAAUCAAAAGAGGCACAGGCCCUACAUUCAAAGAUAGCUCCUCCUGGAUUGACCCAGAAGGAGAAACAGAGGAAAAAGAAGAGGAUAUACCCUUACACUCUCACAUAGCCAUGAAGGUGUCUCUGGGCAAAAGUUCUGUGACAGUAUGUAGCUCUUCCACUCUUCAUUGGCCUGUGCAAAAUCCUGACUCAGAAAAGAGCGGCAGCUCAGUCAAAGAGCAGAACAUUGACCCUGAUGCCUCCACAGUGGAUGAGGAGGGCCAGCUGCUGGACAACAAAGACGUUCACCCCACCAGUGGGCGUGGCUCUUCUAGCCUAUGUGCUCUGAGGCAGCCAUAUGAUCAGGGGGCUGAGACCACAGGUCCAUCUGAAAGCAGUAAUAUCGCCUUCCCUGAUUUUAGCAAGGACUGCACUACCACAGAGGAAGGAAACAAACCAGGAAACACACUAAACUGCAGCCAGAGCUCCAGCUCAUCCUCGCCAUGGUGGUUGAAAUCACCUGCAUUUUCCAGUGGUUCUUCUGAGAGGGAAACCCCAUGGUCCUUUCUGAAUUCCAGUGGAAGUUCUUUUGUUUCAUUGCCAGGAAUGAUAAGGCAAGAGAUCCUAGAGGCUCGAACCCUGCACCCUGAUGACUUUGAAAAACUCUUGGCAGGGGUGAGGCAUGAGUGGCUGCUACAGAGACUGGAGAAUACAGGAGUUUUUAAGCCCAAUCAACUCCACCAAGCACACAAUGCUCUUUUAUUAAAAUACUCUAAAAAAUCAGAACUAUGGACAGCCCAAGAAACUAUUGUAUAUUUGGGGGACUACCUGAAUGUGAAGAAGAAAGGCAGACAAAGAAAUGCUUUUUGGGUUCAUCAUCUUCAUCAGGAAGAAACUCUGGGGAGAUAUGUUGGGAAAGAGUAUAAGGAGCAGAAGGGGCUGUGGCACCACUUCACUGAUGUGGAACGGCAAAUGACCGCACAGCACUACGUGACAGAAUUUAACAAGAGACUUCAUGAACAAAAGAUUCCAACACAGAUAUUCUAUAUCCCAUCCACAAUAUUACUGAUUUUGGAAGGCAAGACAAUAAAGGGAUGUAUCAGUGUGGAACCUUACAUACUGGGAGAAUUUGUGAAGCUAUCAAAUAACACAAAAGUGGUUAAAACAGAAUACAAAGCCACAGAAUAUGGAUUGGCUUAUGGCCAUUUUUCCUAUGAGUAUUCUAAUCAUAAAGAUGUUGUAGUCGAUUUACAAGGUUGGGUGACUGGUAAUGGAAAAGGGCUCAUCUAUCUGACAGAUCCCCAGAUUCACUCUGUUGAUCAGAAUGAUGUCACAACCAAUUUUGGAAAAAAAGGAAUUUUUUACUUUUUUAAUCACCAGCAUGUGAAAUGUAAUGAAAUAUGCCAUCGUCUUUCUCUGACAAGACCUUCAGUUGAGAAACCAAAUAAUUCAUAGACUCUCAGGCGGUGUGAUGGGAGAGGCUUAGUGCUGCUUACCUGUGUGGGGCCCUGUCCUCUUUCCAGGCACACACAGUAUGGCACAGUCCAUCCGCUUGGGCUGAGGCAGGACCAUGGGAUUAGUUCUAGACAAUGAUGUGAGACGAAUUGUUGAAUAUCAAUUUCAGGCCCUUAUUUAAUUGCCAGUGCAAGCGGAGUUACUUUCCUUCCACCACAACUAGGAGAUAGCUCCUUAUCACCGUUAAGCCCUACAGUGGGGGCAACCUGAAAAAGUCCCCACCAGACCCAUCAUGGACACAAAACAGAUGAGAAAUAAACUUUUGUGGCUUAAGCCAUUGAGAUUUUGGAGUUUUCUGGUCAGUAUCUAUCAACGAUGGUACUAUGGGUGUUUUUCCUAUCGAUAUAGGAGUUUUCCAUAUAUAUUAAAGAGUUCAGGACAGGGCACCUGGGUGGCUCACUGGGUUAAGCCUCUGCCUUCAGCUCAGGUCAUGAUCUCUGGGUCCUGGGAUU